AUGUCUAUGGAUGGGUUAGGGCACUGCAAGGAAAUGAACAUGUGUAACGCGAUCAACAGCGCAAUGCACAUUUGCAUGGAAAAGGAUCCACUUUCCGUUGUGUUCGGCGAAGAUGUUGCCUUUGGCGGUGUGUUCAGAUGCUCAGUAGAUCUACUUCAAAGAUUCGGCCCCAAUCGUGUGAUGAAUUCACCAAUAAGUGAGCAAGGUAUCGUUGGUUUUGGUAUUGGAUUGGCGGCAGUUGGUGUUUCUGCUAUAGCUGAGAUACAAUUUGGCGACUACAUCUUCCCAGCAUUUGAUCAGAUAGUCAAUGAAGCUGCCAAGUUUAGGUACAGGUCAGGAAGUCAUUGGGAUGUUGGUAAGCUGACUAUUAGAUCCACUUGGGGUUCUGUUGGUCACGGUGGUUUGUAUCAUUCACAAAGCCCCGAAGCCUAUUUCGCGCAUACUCCAGGUCUUGUGAUUGUAGUUCCAAGCAAUCCAUUUGCUGCAAAAGGCUUGCUUAUCAAAUCCAUUCGUGACCCAAAUCCUGUGUUGUUUUUCGAGCCAAAGGCACUAUACCGAUCCAGCGUUGGCAUGGUCCCCGAGGGAGACUAUGAAUUGGAUUUAUCAAAGGCAAACGUUGUAAAACAAGGAAAGGAUAUUACCUUAGUAGGAUAUGGUACAAUGGUCAAUGAAAUGAUGGAGGCGGCUAAAAUUGUUGCCAAUGAUGGUGGAAUUGAUGCUGAAGUGAUUGACCUACAAACAAUCCUCCCGUUCGAUGUUGAUACGAUUACAGAAUCUGUUAAUAAAACUGGUAGAUUGAUAGUAACCCAUGAAGCGCCGAAAACACAAGGCUUGGCCUCUGAAAUAGCAUCUACGGUGUAUGAGCGAUGUUUUUUUAAACUAGAAGCGCCAAUUAAGCGCCUGUGUGGAUACGACACUCCUUUUCCCCUUGUUUAUGAAAAGUUUUACCUGCCCGAUAGACACAAGAUUGCAGAUGCCAUAAAAGCGAUUUGUACGUCAUAG